AUGGCGAGGAGUGCUCGGGGGGGGGCAGCGAUGGUGGUGGCAGCGGCUGCUGGGUUUGGGGCCGCCCUGAUCAUGGUGAUCUUCCUUGCUUCGUCGCAGACCGUCAGAAGAGGAGGAGGUAGAGCAGUGAUGCUGUCGGUUCCCUCAGCAUGGCAGCGCCAGAUGCGCUCUGGCUCAGCAGCCAGGCACAGGCAGGCUAUGGCAGCAGCCAGCGCCUUCGGACGAGGGAUGCGGGUCAGGGCCAAGGGAGCUUCACGAGCUGCAUGGAAGGCUGCGCUCGGUAUGCAGUUGGCAGCUGCGACGGAGGCGAUGGCAGCAGAUUCCGCAACGGGCAACGCCACCAACUACACUGAAUGCUCGAGCUGGAGGGGUUGUACGUCGGAUCGCGAGCGCUAUGCUGUCAAUGGCACCACGGAGAUGCUUCCUCACCAAGUUCAGUUUGAGUGUGGAGGAGGAGAGUCUGCGGAGAUCUGCUACGACACAGCCAUGGCCUGCAUCAAGUCCUCUGAGGCGCUGACCUCCAACAUGUACCAGGUCUCGCCGUUUAGGGCGACAGAGCUGCGAACUAUAUCCACCUGCAAGUGCUUCGUGAGCAACGGAUGUACUCCCUCGUGCAAUGUCGCGCUAUACCAGCGCUGGUCGUCGAACACGGGCAUCAACUGCCCAGCCAACCCUCCUGUCUUCCAUCCUGAGACUGGAGUGUACCAGUACGGUGACCCCAAGGCUGUUUAUGUUGCGCCCAACGACUACAGCUUUGAUUAUUACCCGGAGUAUCCCAACCCGUCAGGACAUACUUAUAACGCCAUGUGGGCGCGAGAUGUUUACGAAUCCCAACCAGGAAUCCCUCCAUAUCAGAUGCCCUUGUACGGUUCCUACGGUCCGGGCGAUCUAUCUUGGUCGUCGCUGGCAGGGGAAGAGAAUCCAUACCAGUAG